UCACUGUCUAUCUUUGUUUGCUAAACGGUUUAGUAUGAAGAAUAAAGCCAGGCGGUGUGUCAUGAUGAUUUGCGCGUUGUAAUCAUAAAAGCGAAUAUUUUCAGGAAUAAAUAUGUUAAAAGUGUAGUGAUGCUUUAUAAUUUCGGUAAGUUAACAAAAAGUGAAUGUCGAGAUUUAAAAUAAAAAGCAACGAAAUUAUAUUGUGAUGCGGCGCGCUAAAAAACGGCUUGCGUGCAAACAAAAGGAACGAGCAGAAGACGACGAUGUAAACGAAAGGCCAACACCGGCGCGGGACGCUGCAAUACUCGCUGCUGCUGCGACUUCAACGCAGGCGAAUGAAGUGAAAAUACAGACGCCGGAUGUCAAAGUAGAAGUAGAAAACGAAGCAGAUGAGCGCAUUAUUGAUGAAAUUAAACCCGAUGUAUACGAAUUGCAGCAGCAAUGGUUCAGCCAAGCAACGGAAAGCGCAGCAUCGACGCUGACGUUGGCGGCUUCGAUUUUUAGUAUCGACGAUAUUGCCAGUGAUGUGGCACCUGAUGCAUUGAGCGGCAAUGUUCCAGUUAUCGGCAAAGAUGCUAAGGUGCCCGUUACACCGAAAAAACUAAAACCGGCUAGUGUAAAUCGUUCUGAUUUUUGUUUUGAUGCCGAUGAGGUGGAUAUGCAAGAAACCGACUCGGAUGAAGAAGGUUACUCAGAUAUCGACUUUGAGGAGGAAUUUGAAAUUAUCGAAUGUGAUGCAGGCGCGGAUAUGUACGCCCCUGAGUGGUCAAAAGAGUCGAGGGUGCGAAGAAAAGUCUUUUCUACUAAAAAUCUUAAUGGAAUGCUCAAAGGCUUUCCCAGAUUUGAUUCGCCCACUUAUUACUUCUACAAAUUGCUUGGUGGUUUGCGAUUCUUCAAAGAUUGGGCCGAAUGUUGCAACAAACGUGCUAAGGAAACUAUGGUAAGCUCACAGAAACCGAUUCGUGAUCACUUUGAAGCGUUCACAAUGCACGAAAUGAGCAUUUUCUUUGGCAUCUGCUUGCAAAUGGGUUCACUGCAACUUACGACUUUGGCAGAAUAUUGGGAAAGCCAGGCGCACCACGGACUUAGUGGUUUUUCUAGUAAAAUGAGUUUGGAACGUUUCCAAUUUCUACUUGAAGUUUUGAAUUUCAAAGGCUUACACACUGAAGAGGAGAGUUUUAAAAAUGAUAACAACAGCGGCGAUAAUAAAAUAUCCACUGAUCUCAAGUGCUUCUUAUGUUUCUUCAAUAAUCGCAUGGCAUCCGUAUACAAUUGUGGUCUACAAAUAAUCUUGAACGAACCCGUUAGGUAUUGGAAAGGAAAACUGCAUUGGGUGAACGAUAUGAAUCCAAAAUGUCGCCCCAAUGCAAUUUUAUUGCACUUCUUAACUGAACAAUCCGGUUUGGUACUUAAAAUAUUAGUGGAUAUUGAAGGCCCAAGGCAAAAACAGCUCGCACGGAAUUCAAAGGAGCUUGUUAUGCAACGAUUAUCUACUGCAAUGGAGUUACUAAAGGGGAGGUUUAAAAAAGGACAUUUUGUUUUCACUUCUAAAUAUUAUGGCAGCGUUGCACUUUGUUUGGAGUUGGGAAAGCUCGGUACCUUAUCAUCUGGCUUUUUAGACAGUCAAAGAUUUGGUAAUUGCAAAGAGCUUGUUCUGAAAAAUUUGGACCACUAUCAGUUUGAAACCAGAUUUGCUGCCUUUAUGAUGAUGGGAAAAUAUCGGUGUCUGCGUAAAAGUUUUUAUUUCUACAGUUCGGAUUGUCUUUUCAUUUCACCGCAUGAAAUACUAGUGAAGCAUAAGCCGAAAUUAGUGAGCGAAAUUGAUUGGCAGUUAAAUACGCCUGAAAAAAUACGUGCGCAUAUGCUGGAUUACCAAUUAGCAUUGCAGCGCACAGAAAUCAAGUGGGAGAGACGUCUAAUAAUCUACGUAAUGCAACUGGUUGUGCUCAACGCCUUCCUCCUUUACAAAGCCCAUGCGCAAAAAGGGCGUUUUUUAAAUAAACAAAAUUUGUUUUCAUACCAGACAUUUCGACAAGAUGUAAUUGCAUCAUUAUUGACUCCGAGAGACGAGUGGAGCAGUAUUGAUUAUGGAAACGAGAUCGACGUGGCCAUUGCAGCAGAUAACUUACACACUCGCCACAAUAGCUCUGGCACCUCAUAAGAUCUGGGGUUAAGAUAGCACUGACACAAAGAAAUGCUGGAACUUGGUGCAAAGUGUUUCAAAAUGCGAUCGAAUUUGAAACAAAGGUGACAACAUGUCCUACCGCGUCAGGGCUAGGUGCGAUAUCGUGCUUUAAGGUGUGAUAUUCCCAGAUGCAAAGGAAGAUACGCAUUUGCUUUAUCCGUAUGAAGCGAUUGUUGGGUGAAAUAUAUAAUAAAAUGUAUUUAAAAAUCUAAACAAGCCUU